UCUCUGCAAAUCUUUCCUUCUCCUCUCCCUCUCUCUCAAAAAUGUGGUAUUGGGUCUUUGUGUUUAUCAUUUUCCAACUUACUCAGUACCCGGAGUCUCAUCCAGCGUGUAAGGUUAACAAGUGGCAGAGUUGUCAUCGUGCCUGGUAAUCCUUAUCCUCUCCCUUUCAUUUUCUCAAAUGGGUCUUUUAGAUUAGAAAACCAUUUCUACCAUUGAACAAUAUGCUGAACCAGUAUCUCAAAACUUCAAUUGCUUCGACGCGAGGCCUAUUUUUCAUCAAUUUAUUCCCUUUCAAGAAUCAUUCCGUAUCUCUCUGCUGCUCUAAUGCUAGUAUCUUUGGAUGUGUGCGAUCCCCAGUUGAAUCCAUAUCUCAUGUUCGAACUUAUAUGAUCUCUACAUCUUCUUCUUAUCUCCUGGUGCCAUUUCUAGGCACCCCUUGUUUGAAUUUGGUCAAAUUAUCGCAGCCCCUGAAUGCGCUCGCUGCGUUUAGGGUCUCUGUGCGUCAUUUUUGUUCGGAGAUUGUUACAGUGGAUCAAAGUUUUGACUGUGAUGGGAGGAGUGGUAUUGAGGACGAGUCAUUAGAAGGUGAUGUAGAUAAGUUUUGGGAGGCCAUUACGGAUAACUCUAACGCAUAUUGUAAUAUGGAGAAAGCUCUUGAUCAAGUUGGUCUACCAUUGACUACUCCGUUGGUUGUUGGGGUGCUUCAUAGGCUUCGUUUUGAGGAGAAACUAGCAUUUAGGUUCUUUAUGUGGGCAGGCCGCCGAGAAAAUUAUGUUCAUGAAUCUCUGGCGUACAAUGAUAUGAUUGACAUAUUAUCGUGCACGAGGUAUAAGGUGAAGCAGUUUCGAAUUGUUUGUGACUUACUGGAUUAUAUGAAGAGGCACAACAAGAGUAAGGUUCCUGUUGAGGUUCUCUUAACAAUUUUGAAGCAAUACACGGAAAAGCAUCUCACCUAUCUGCAGAAAUUCGCCAAGAAGAAGCGGAUACGGGUGAAGACGCAGCCGGAAAUCAAUGCGUUGAACCUGCUAUUGGAUGCCCUGUGUAAGUGCAGUCUGGUUCAAGAUGCUCAAGACAUGUUACAGAGGGUGAAGAAAAAGGUUAAGCCUGAUGCAAAUACGUACAACAUUUUGUUUUUUGGUUGGUGUAGAGUUAGGAAUCCGACUCGAGGAAUGAAGCUACUAGAAGAGAUGAUCCAAAUGGGUCAUGCACCUGAUAAUUUCACGUACACUACCGCCAUUGAUGCCUUUUGCAAAGCAGGGAUGGUGUCUGAGGCAGCUGAACUUUUUGAAUUCAUGCGAACCCGAGGUUCUACAAUUUCUUCUCCCACUGCAAAAACUUAUGCAAUUAUGAUUGUGGCUCUUGUGCAGAAUGAUAGAAUGGAGGAGUGCUUCAAACUUCUCGGACAUAUGAUAAACAGUGGUUGCCUUCCUGAUGUUUCUACAUACAAGGAAUUACUUGAAGGAAUGUGUUUGGCUGGAAAGGUUGAGGAGGCUUACAAGUUUUUGCAAGAGAUGGGAAACAAAGGUUACCCUCCUGACAUCGUUACUUUUAACUGUUUUCUCAAGGUUCUUUGUGACAAUAAAAAUAGUGAGGAAGCACUUAGGCUUUAUGGAAAAAUGAUAGACGUAGGUUGUAUGCCUAGUGUGCAGACUUAUAAUAUGCUGAUUUCAAUGUAUUUUGAGAUGGGUGAUCCUGAUGGGGCAUUUGAGACUUGGCAUGAGAUGGAUAAGAGGGGCUGUGCACAGGAUACCGAUACUUACUGCAUGAUGAUUGAAGGGCUUUUUGGUUGCAAUAAAGUGGAAGAUGCGUGCUGCCUAUUGGAAGACGUCGUAAACAAGGGAAUGAAAUUGCCAUAUAGCAAGUUUGACUCGUUUCUGAUGCAGCUUUCAGUGAUUGGUGAUCUCCAAUCCAUCCACAGGCUUUCAGGUCAUAUGAGACAGUUCUACAAUCCUUCUAUGGCGAGACGUUUUGCGUUGAACCAGAAGCGGAGGAGCAUGAGUUUGAGAGGGAGCUAAUAAAGUUUGUUCAUACUGUUAUGAUGAUUUCUUUCAAAGUGCCCCUAUGGAAUCAAAAAGGGAAAAGGAAGAAGAAGCUUGAUGACAUUAGCAAAUUGAGAAGGGAUCAUCAAGAUAAAAUUUUGAUGCUAUACCAGGUGGUCAACUAUGCCUCAGACUGGAGUGAAUGCAGUUGGAAACUAACAUGAAGAAUUUGCUACUGACUUUAUGACCGCAAAUCCUAAAUGUUAUGUUGACUGCAGAGCUGUCGGAUUUGAGACUGUUCUUGCAAAGGAGUGCGGAAGCAGGGUUUGGAGAGCUGCUAGUUGAACUUGAGGGUGAUGCGGAGGUGUUGAAUUGAAUCCAUGGACCAUACGGCAGAUGGAUCAUUGAGGUGAUUACAUACAUACGGCAGAGUAGAAUUGGUGCACAUCGUGUUCUAGUUAAGUAGAGGAGUUGGAUUGUGAUAUUUUUGAGCGAUGGGGGAACUUUUUUUUUUCUUUCUUUCCUGUCUUUGUUUGAACUGUGGAACUGAUUGAGAAAUGUUUGUGGAGGAUUUGAAUAGUACUCAGUACAGCACCGUAGCAGUGUGUAUUUUGCGUUGUAGCUCUUUUAGCCCUUGGGCUUGCUAAAUGUUGAGGGAGCUGUUUUGCAUUGAUUAUCUCAUUUUACUGUAAAGAAAAAAAAAUUGAAACU